AUGUUUUCGGUGUUCAAGAAGUUGGCGAACAAAAAUGAAGCCGCAACCACCGUUCAGAUACCGGAGUCGGUUGGGCAGACCAUGUCCGAGUCGCUCAAAAAGCGAUUUUCCCGCGGAGUGCAAUACAACAUGAAAGUGGUCAUCAAAGGAGACCGAAAUGUGGGCAAAUCGUGUCUGCUCGAGCGGCUGCAGGGUCGAGCUUUCGUCGAGCAGUACACCCCGACCGAGCAGAUUCAGGUUGCUUCGAUCCAGUGGUCGUUCAAGGCGACGGACGAUGUGGUGAAAGUCGAGGUCUGGGAUGUCGUUGAUCGGGGAAAAGCGAAACAGAAAACCAACAACCUAAAGCUCAAUACUCAGACUUCCCCGGACAGCGAGUGUCCGGAAGUUCCGGUCCUCGACGCCGAGUUUCUGGACGUGUACAAGGGUACGCACUGCGUCGUGAUGGUGAUGGACAUUACGAAGGCAUGGACGUUCGACUACGUGUGUCGGGAGUUGCCAAAAGUUCCGACCGACAUUCCGGUGCUGUUACUGGGGAAUCACUGCGAUAUGGGCCACCAUCGGGUAAUUUCGGCCGACCAGGUGCACGGUUUCGUUGAGACUGCAGGCCACGAGAGGCGAGCGGAACUUGUCUACGGCGACAGUUCGAUGCGCAACGGGUUCGGGCUGAGGUUGUUGCACAAGUUCUUUGGCAUUCCGUUCCUAUAUCUACAGAAAAGUGCACUGGAAGCGACACUCAGGAAGAACGCACAGGAUUUGGACAUUUGUCGGUUAGAGAUUGACGAGUUUCAGAAAUCGGACGAUUCGGAUUACGGUCGGUUCCUUGAGCAGCUCAUCAGCAAAAAGAAAUCUCGCGAAGGCACCAGCCUGCCAGGAAGUAGCUUCGGUGCCGACACGAUACGACCCACGAAGAGCAUCAUUCUCGGUGCUGGUCAUCCAAUCAUCGUUCCCGAUCGGAACUCCCACCUGGCCGUGGCCUCCACCACGACGGUCAACACGGUCAAGCUAUCCGUCCCGACUCAGCACCAGCAGCAGGAGAAAAAAUCCCCACGCAACGUUACCAUGGCUUCGCUGGUGUCGGAUUUGAAGAUCGAUAAUGUGGACGAAUUCUGUCCGGAUGGCGGAGUGCUCGACAAAGCUUUCCUCGAUGACGCUGGAAUGGAGCCGGGUAAACAGUUCACCGCCCACCAGGUCGUCCCAUCACCGACUGGCGAGACUGAUGAUGAGGAGGAUGAUGACGAUCGGCAACACCACAAUCCGCUCGUGUCACGCUUCGACGAUGAAGAAGCCGGCGGGGGAGAUGAGCCAGAAGACAGCCGUUCCGUAACGGCGGUCCGAUUGUCUCCCCCUCGGCAACCAGUUACUUCCCGACCGGUCGACGAAAGUGACGGCCGAAAGUUCUCCCUCUCGAGCGUCGAACUGGAAGUGGAUCGGAUCGUUCCGGCACGCCGCGACGCAAUGGGUGCGAAGCACGACCGACGGAGCGACGAGGACACAACACCGGAGUACGACGAGUGGGCACCGAUCGACACGAAAGAACGUCGCUCUCCGGAAGGUGGUGAAGACGUGGCUUCCACAACAUCCAUCAGCCGCCAGACGACGAAGGGAUCGGGCGAAAAGAAGGACAAAAAGGAAAAAGACAAGAAGCACAAGAAGAAAAAGUCGAGCAAAGAGAAAGACGACUCUGGGGGCCGGAGUGGGACGAGCGGAGAGGAAAGGAAGCAUCGUAGUAGCGGCCACAGUAAGCGUCGAAGCACCAGCAGUCACGUCGUGGACGAGUUCCUGAAAGAAAUGCAAUCGAACAGUGAAGCGUACGGGGCCGAUGAAGCUUAUGAAGCGAUCUGAGAUUUACCUUUGAGAUUUACCCGCUCUCUUGGCCGUUCCUUGCGCUCCUGCGAAUGUCGUCAAGCCGCUUGUGCUGCGCUACCUUCCACGGGUCCGGCAGCGCCCGGCCCGAGUGUUCGGCAGAUACCUUCCGAAUUUAACCCCUAUUGCAGACUUGUUAAGCUUAAAAGAGAACAAAUCGCAGAUAAAAGAACAA